GAUUGGAAUUCCCAUGGACGCCCUAAAAGAUGAACCCUAAAAAAAUGGGUAUGGAAAAAUGAUGGGAGGGAAGCAGAGAGCGGCAAGUGCAAAUGAACAGUACUGAAUUUAUUAAUUUAAUUUGUUAUUUUGUUUAAAAGAAGAAAGGUAAAGCAGGAGAAAGUGACAAAAUCCCAGUAAAGCGUGACAGUGCCAGCUCCAUUUGGCCUCUCAACCCAAAGUCUUGUGCUUUUCACAUACCCAUUUCCCCAUUCGCCCCACUCCUCCUUUCUGCUUCCCCUUUCACCAAAUGGGUCAUCUCCAUCUUCCAUAACAUAACAACAAACCCACGUUUUCUCCUUUUCUCUCUCUUCUUCCUUUCGUGGGGUUUAACGUUUCACUCUACAACAACAGCAACAAGGAGAAGAAGAACAGGAUUAGGAUGUUUUCUAGGUUGAUACAUCCCCAUGAAGGGGGUGUUGGGCAGGAAGACAUGCAGGGUGCUUCCAAUCACGCUCACCUCGGAGACCCUUGUCUUGUUCUCACCUCUGAUCCCAAACCUCGUCUUCGGUGGACCGCUGACCUUCACGAACGCUUUGUUGACGCUGUCACUCAACUUGGGGGUGCCAGUAAAGCCACUCCUAAAGCGAUCAUGAGAACCAUGAAUGUCAAGGGUUUGACGCUCUAUCAUUUAAAAAGUCAUCUUCAGAAGUACAGGCUUGGUAAGCAAUCAGGAAAAGAUUCUGAUGAGGGUUGCAAAGAUGGGAUGUCAGGUUCGUAUCUUCAAGAAAGCCCCGGUACUGACAACUCAUCUCCAAAGUUACCAACUUCGGAUGCAAACGAGGGUCAUGAAGUGAAGGAGGCAUUAAGAGCACAAAUGGAAGUGCAAAGUAAACUACACUUACUAGUGGAGGUAAAUUUCCUUCUCACAAUAACUAUGGUAUUGCAGGCUGAGAAGCACUUGCAAAUUCGCCAGGAUGCAGAGCGGAGGUACAUGGGCAUGCUCGAGCGAGCAUGUAAGAUGUUAGCCGAUCAAUUUAUUGGGGACAUAAUUAUGGACACAGAUGGCCAAAAAUUUCAAGGGCUGGAAAGUAAAACACCCAGAAGUUCCCUAGUUGAUCACGUUGGGUUUUUCCCCCCAGUAUGUUCUGAGGUAGGUGGAAUGCAUGUUUCAGAAGUACCACCUAUUCUCCAGCCUCAAGGGGCUGACUGUUCCACUGAAAGUUGUCUGACAUCACUUGAGAGUUUAGGAGGGUUGACGCUCGAAGGAUCUCCCGGCGGAUCGAAGAAGAGGAUGCUGAGCUUGGAUUCAAUGGUAGCACCUUUGAUCUGGAGUGAAGCCAACACCAGAACUCAAGGAAUCCAUUUAGCUCAAGUCAAUCCUCCAGGAAUAACUAGGUAUGGUAUGUAGAGUAGGGUUGGGAAGGUUAGUUCCUCAUGAAGAGAGUUGAGGAAGUGCUUUGUUCCAAGCUUUUAGGAUUAAGUAAUGAAUUAGAUUCUUAUCUGUUCUUGUCCAUCAAGUUGGUGAUAAUCAACUUGCUCACAUGUCAUUGUGUAAAUGGAAAAUACCAUGUGCCUUAACUUAGACCAUCGCUAAAGGUUGGCGCUGACCAUGUACGUUUCUCACUUCUUCCUUAGUGGCCUUCGUUAUGUACGAAGAGUUACAGGAUUUCAUUGCCUUUAACUUUUUAUUUUUCUAAUUAUUAACCAUUACGAAUUCUUA